UUUAUUAAGAAAUAGAACUCUGUUUUGCACCCCCUAUUUUGGGGAAGAAAAGAAAAGAAAAGAAAAAAUCUCUUUUAGCAUUAUCAGAAUUACACUCUUCCAAGUCUACCAGAAAUACACUCUCCCGAGAUUUUCUUGUUUGCUCAAACAAAGAAACUCCACGACCAGAGAAGACAGUUCCCUUCACUCUCUCUCUUCUCUCCCAUCAAUCUAUCUCAUCAUCACCCCAUCAUCACUUCUUCAGCCUAAAAUCUUCCUCUUUUGCUUCACUCACACUCUCUCUAACCACAAAAAUAUGGUAAUCUUGUUACAUUAAUUUUUCUUUUCUUUUUUCUUGGAGUUUGGGGUGUGUUCCUCAUUCAUCAGCUAAUCAAGUUUCUCUCUCUUCCCCUUAGUGUUUUUUUUCCCUCUCUUAGGUGCUAGACUGCUAGUACAUACACACCACAAAAUGAAACCCUAGAAAAAGAGAAAACACAUCACAGACUCCAUACACUACUCUACAAGAUCCAACAAAAUUAAAAACCCACAACAAACAAGCAAAAAAAGAAAAAAACCCAGAUCACCAUUUCAAUGGAUUCAAGCUCAACCCCAGAAUUUGAGAGUUCCAACUCUGAAAACACUGGCAACAACAACAGUGUCAACAACAACUCAGCUGCUACUUCUUCUUCUUCAUCGUCUUCGACCCCGAGCCGAUACGAAAACCAGAAACGCCGAGACUGGAACACCUUCGGCCAAUACCUAAAAAACCACCGUCCUCCGCUAUCUCUCUCCCGGUGCAGCGGUGCUCAUGUUCUGGAAUUCCUCCGAUACCUCGACCAAUUCGGAAAAACCAAAGUUCACACUCCCAUUUGUCCCUUUUACGGCCACCCCAACCCCCCGGCCCCGUGCCCGUGCCCUCUCCGCCAAGCCUGGGGCAGCCUCGACGCCCUCAUCGGCCGCCUCCGUGCUGCCUACGAAGAAAAUGGAGGAAACCCUGAAACAAACCCAUUUGGUGCUCGAGCAGUCAGACUUUAUCUCCGCGAGGUUCGCGAUUUACAAUCUAAAGCAAGAGGGAUCAGCUACGAGAAGAAGAAGCGAAAACGCCCUCCACCGCAGCAGCUGCCGGCGCAGCCACCGCCGCCGCCAGGUGCAAUUUGAUAUAUAAUCUUGGUUCAUCAAGAAAGCCCAUAUCUUUAUUUUGCAUCUAAGCUAUAGAUAUAUGAGCGAGCAUGAAGGUUAGUGACUUUUUAUAUAUGAAGUGUGUUUCUUUUCUUUUCUUUUCUUUGAGUGUGUAUGUACUGUUUGGUAUCAGAGAAAACAAUGUCUUAGAUCUGAUCAGACACCAUAUGAUUCUUCUUUUGAUGCAAACAGUAGUUGUAGUAGAAGCACUAGUAGUUGUUAGAGAGACUAUAGUGAUAGUUGUACUACUAGUAAAUUAAAUAUGUUGUUUGGAGUAAAUGAAAUUGCAGUCAUAUAUUUAUAUA